AUGAGUGGCACUGUGGAGUUGCCGCCGGAAGAAUCGACCCUUCUGCGAGCAUCACGAGGGCUUGGUGUUGCCUUUUGGGCUGUGGCGAUAGCCAACGGCCUGUACAUGAUAUUCACACUGCGAUCGCAGAGCUUCUGGCCGGGUCUCCACAACCUUUGUGCGGGCCUCCUGCUCGUUCUCGUGGCAUCUGCUUCGGGCGUGUGGGAGGUGAAGGCCAUGCGAUCACGGCUGGAUGAAAGCGAAGGUUGUCGCUGGCUUUCUAAGCUCGCCUUCCACCGCCUCCGAGCCUCAGUCCUGUCGGGCCUUUGUCGGUUUCGAUCUGCGGCCAUGGUUUCGACAAAGCGCGGGUCCUUUGGCGCCACCGUGGCCGUCGGCCUGGCCCUUGUGGCUGCCUGGAGCUGCCUCUGGAGACAUGAGGAGGACUUCGUGAGCGGUGUGUCGGUUCAGCCCCGCGAGUCCCUGAUGACUCGCUGCGCGGUAGACAAGGCGAUGAAGGAUCGAAUCGCAUCUGUGGCGAAGACCGCCAAGCUGACCGAUGCCAUGAGAGUGGUCGCUGCCGCCAAGGUCCGAAACGCCCAGAACGGCGUAGAGAAGCAGCGUCCGUUCACCGACGAGCUCCUGAGCAUGAUCAAAGGCUUAGUAAAGCGACUCAAAGGCAGCGGCUUUGAGGCAGAGCUUCCGAUGCUGCGAGUGCCAGAGAAGGUCAAGAAUGUCGGCAUCUUGAUGAUCACGGCCAACCGAGGACUCUGCGGG